CCACAAUACAAUUCUCCAUCCUCAUCCUAACACACAACGAAGGCAUUGUUGUUUUGGUUCACGGUGUUCACGACGAAGGUUCAAACUUCAAAGCAUGAGGGUAUGAUCAUGAGAGAAGAAAAAACACAAUUUAUUUUGAUAAUAUAGGUGAAAUUGGAGAAAUUAAGAACGAAGAAAAAGUACCAAGAAAAAUAAAUUGUGUUUGCUCCUAAAUAUUAAAAAAGAUGGCGGGAAUGACAAAUACAUCGACUACGAUAGAAUCAAGCCCUAUAGUAUGUUAUGCACCUACAAUGAUAACAACAAAUGGGGUGUGGCAAGGAGAUAAUCCCUUGGAUUAUUCCUUACCACUCUUCAUUUUGCAAUUAACAAUGGUGGUGGUUAUUACUCGUGUUCUUGUUUACGUCCUCAAGCCACUCCGUCAACCUCGAGUCAUCGCUGAAAUCCUUGGUGGUAUUAUACUUGGACCAUCAGUCCUGGGAAGAAGUGAAAAAAUGGCACAAAUCAUAUUCCCACUAAGAAGUGUGAUGGUGUUAGAAACAAUGGCUAACAUUGGGCUCCUAUAUUUCCUGUUUCUAGUUGGGGUUGAGAUGGAUUUAGCAGUCAUAAGGCGAACAGGAAGGAAAGCAAUAAGCAUUGCACUUGGGGGCAUGAUCUUACCUUUUAUCAUAGGAUGCACCUUCUCCCUCAUAAUGCAAAGAGGUGACAGCACCCACCCUGGAACCUUUGUGCUUUUCCUUGGUGUCGCUCUCGCUGUCACCGCCUUCCCUGUACUAGCUCGAGUUCUUGCAGAGCUCAAGCUCAUCAAUACCGAGAUAGGACGAAUUGCCAUGUCAUCAGCACUUGUCAAUGAUAUUUGUGCUUGGGUGCUCUUAGCCUUAGCCAUAGCCCUAGCCGAGACCAGCUCUUCGAGUUUGACUUCAGUCUGGGUGAUUCUCUCGAGUGCUGCCUUUGUAGUGGUGUGUAUCUUCUUGGUUCGACCCGCCAUUAUGUGGAUGGUCCGCCGUACACCUGAGGGUGAACCGUUCAGUGAUUUUUACAUAUGCCUUAUACUCACAGGGGUUAUGAUAUCAGGGUUUAUUACUGAUGCUAUAGGAACUCAUUCUGUGUUUGGGGCCUUUGUUUUUGGACUUAUCAUCCCAAAUGGACCUUUAGGGGUAACCCUUAUCGAAAAGCUUGAAGAUUUCGUAUCAGGACUUCUACUUCCUCUGUUUUUCGCCAUCAGUGGUCUUAAGACUGAUGUUCGUCAAGUUGGUGACUUUAAAGUAUGGCGUAAUCUGAUGCUUGUCAUCAUAUUGGCUUGUUCUGGCAAGGUUGCUGGCACUACUGCUGUCGCUUACUUCUACAAUAUGCCAAUCCGUGAAGGAAUCACCCUCGGGUUGCUCAUGAACACCAAAGGUCUUGUUGAAAUGAUUGUCCUAAACGUGGGAAAGGACCAAAAGGUAAUAGAUGAUGCAUCAUUUUCGAUCAUGGUGAUAUCAGCAUUGAUAAUGACUGGUCUGAUUGCUCCCCUGGUCACCGCUAUUUACCGGCCAGCAAGAAGAUCUGUAGCAUACAAGAGAAGAACCAUACAGAAAUCAAAACCAGAUGCGGAACUCAAAGUAUUGACUUGCAUUCACACACCAAGGAAUGUGCCGACCAUAAUAAAUCUACUGGAAGCCAGCCACCCAACAAGAAGAUCCCCAAUAUGUGUGUACGUGCUACAUCUAGUAGAACUAACAGGGCGAGCAUCAGCAAUGCUCAUAGUGCACAAUACCAGAAAGUCAGGUCGCCCAGCUCUCAACAGAACACAAGCUCAAUCAGAUCAUAUCAUCAAUGCCUUUGAAAAUUAUGAGCAGCAUGCUCUAACUGGGUCUGUCUCAGUUCAGCCUCUGACAGCCAUUUCUCCCUAUAACUCAAUGCAUGAAGAUAUUUGUCAUUUAGCACAGGAAAAACGAGUGGCCUUUAUCAUCAUCCCCUUCCAUAAGCAACAAACUGUAGAUGGUGGUAUGGAAUCAACUAAUCCAGCUUUCAGAACUAUAAACCAGAAUUUAUUAGCCAAUGCACCUUGCUCGGUUGGGAUCCUUGUUGAUAGAGGGCUAAGUGGGUCGACCCGUUUGGCUGCAAACCAGGUUUCACACAACAUAGCAGUGCUCUUCUUUGGUGGGCCUGAUGAUAGGGAGGCACUUGCAUAUGCAUUGAGGAUGUCAGAACAUCCAACCAUCACUGUAACUGUAAUGCGAUUCAUACCAGGUGAUGAUGCUUCUAGAGCAGCAACCGUGGAGCCAAGUCGUGAGCCUGGGGACCCGCGAGUGCUGACUGUGAUAACUGAUGCUGAACAAGACAAGCAACUGGAUGAAGAAUAUAUCAAUGACUUCAGAUCGAAGACAGCCAACAGCGAAUCAAUCACAUACACGGAGAGAAUUGUAAACAAUGGGGAAGAAACAGUGGCUUCAAUAAGAGCAAUAGAAACUGUUCAUGAUCUAUACAUAGUGGGAAGAGGACAAGGCAUGAUAUCACCGCUUACAGCCGGUCUAACAGAUUGGAGUGAAUGUCCUGAACUUGGAGCAAUUGGGGACAUGUUAGCAUCAUCAGAUUUUGCAGCAACAAGCUCUGUUCUAGUGGUGCAACAAUAUGUUGGUUUAGGGCCACAACAUGAGUCUCCAGCAACUCCAGACAGCCCCACUGCUCCAGAUCUUGAUGAGCAAUUAAACGCAGGAUUACACCAGCAAAGACAACAACCAGGAAAGGGCCAGAAUGCCUUCAAUCUCUAAACUGUAGACAAGACCUAGUGAAACCACUCUCAAAGCUGAAACAAUGCCUGAACAUUUGAUAAGAAGCAAUGAGAACAAUUUAUUGCAACAUUUUCUAGCAGGAAUAGGAUCCCUCCCAUCCACCCACCCACCCAAUUCCUCUCCCCAAAAUAUGUGACCUUUAUUUUCUCUUUUUCAAAGAAAUAGUUUUUAUGAUUUUGUCUUCUGCUUACAACU